GGGUCUUCUGGAGCCUAGCGGUGCGCACUACAGUAUAACUGACAGUUGCUCCUUUAAAUCCGAAGCACCAAAAACGUUCUCAUCUGGACCGGGCAGGUCGGGCGAACGAAGAGAAAGUGUAGCUUUCACACUAAGGCAGCUCAACUCUGUUCGUCUUCGGAUUCGCAUUCUACGUCCUCCUCCGCGCCGGAAUCUCUGAACUCUGAGAACGCCUGUGCUGGGGUGAAAAUGAUGACAAGGAGAACACCAGUGACGGUCUGUUUCCACUCAGUCGUCUGCAGCGCAUUGCUGAUGCUCAUGCCAUUCGACAACGCAACAGCUGCACCUUCCAACCAGACCUCUGCAGCUUCUCAGAGAUGCAGCCACCCACCAGUUCCAGAGCAUGGGGGCUUUCGUUGUGUGCCAUCUCCCUGUAAUGGAUUUGUCCACAAACGAAUAGUGGAAUACUUCUGUGAGACAGGAAGGACCAUCCAGGGCAACAAAUCAGCAUUGUGCAAAAAUGGAAGGUGGAUGCCAUCAACUCCUGGCACUUGCAAUCCAGACCCCAACUAUGAAGAUAAGAACUCAGAAAGCAACCACCUCCCCACUGUGGCUACAACUGCUGUAGCCGUUUCAGUGUUCCUGUUGACGACCACCGCCUGUAUGCUGGUGAAGCCAAAAAUCCGAGCCUGCCGCUGUGAAAGGAGAUUUUCAGACCAGCAGAGCCUCAUGUUUAAUGGCUCUCCAGUCUUGCUGCCCAGCUAUGAGGUUGCCGUAUUUGGAGAGGGGGCGGGUUCAGCCUGCUCAAACCCCACCCACCACCUACAGAGAAAUCUUCUGGAAUCGACUGCAUUGGGCCCACCAUCCAAUCAGAGCCUGGAUGUGCCUCCUCCUCCUCCUUAUGAAGCCAUCGCGUCACACCCCAUCCACGAGCAAGGCAGCAGCAUCCCAAUUUCUGCUGCCAAUGAGAAGGACACCUAAAAGGCUGCAGGACUGAGACACCUGCCUGCUUCUUGACUUUGGAACACCACCAUCUUUAUGAAAUUUGCUUUUGGAAAGAAUUGCAUGGAGUUUAAACACUGUGAUCUCUGACGUUAAGUUGGGACUGUAAAGAUCACAUUUUUAGUGUCAGGAAGGGAUCUGGAAAAGUUCUGGAUUUGCUUGUUAUCUGGCUAUUGGAGUGGAGGAAAACUAACGAAACCAAAGUAAAACAAUAAGGAGUAAAUAAGGGAUCUGAACGCGUCUAGUUUUUAAAAGACAAUCCAGGUCAUUGAGGUCUGAAAAUUCUGAUUCAGCAAGAGAAUGAGUCAACUAACCCAUGGACUCCUAGCAGAUGUUAAGAAGGUGUGCAUUUGGGAUGGAAACCAACGAGAACUUCUUCACAUUAAGGAAGCAGGAAUCUGAAAUGAGUUACUGAGACAUGGGCUCUAGCAGACAGAUUGGAACAUCUUUGCAUUUACUAAACCAAAUGCACUUGGCUUUUGGGAAAACCUUGUAAAUUCUUUUUUGUCAAAGAAGAAACCAAAGGCAAAGGACUUGCUAUAGUGGAAGAAGACCAGGCAGCUGGUCACUUUCUGCCAAAAAACAUAAAUAGGGAGCAGAAGAACAAGACUAUGUGAGGUUGGAAAGAAUGACCAAUAGCUUGUGUCACCAGUAAAUGUCCACACUCUUAACUGGGAGAGUGCGGUAAGUUGUUGAGAAUACUCAGCUCUGGUAGAACACUCUGGAAGGUGAUCACCAGCACUUGUGACUUUAGACCCUGCCCUUUCCAACAUACUGCCUCAUCACAAUAAAUUCACGGCCUAGGAAACUUUAUAAUCCAAAGUUUGCUACCGCUUUAUUUCUGACAUGAUGCAGCAGUAUGAAAGGCACUAUACAAUGCAUUGGGAAUGCAGGAGUUCUUUUCUAUGCAUGCUGUUCACUCUGUUGUUUAUUCUGCUGUGGCGUGAAACUACAGGGCACAGAAACCACUUAAGUAUGGAGGGAGUUUAUGACUUUGGAGAAAAAGCACUUUAUUUAGAUUGGAGCUAUUGCAGUGCAAUUUAGGUCAUGGCUAAACAUAUAUACUGUACAUUUGAACAUAUAUGAGUGCAAUGAAUGUAUAUUUAGAGAUGGCUAGUGCCUUCUGGCUUUGAGGUUUUGAUAAAGAACUACAAUUUAAAUUGGUAUCGGUGACUUUUGGGAUACCCAGAAGAUCAUUUGUGACCUGUAAAGUUCUGGCUCAUGCACGUCACUUACUGGUUCUGAUGGCUGUGGAAGUAUCGGAAUCAAAACAGAAAGAACAGAAUUCCUCAACAUUUAUGCAACUAGCAAUAAAUCAAUCAAUCUAGCAAACAGGCUAAUUAAUUACUCAGUCAAUUAAGCCCAAGAAUGAAUCGAAUGACUACGGCCUUAUUGGACGCCCAGGUGAUUGUUGGUGAUCUCAAUUCUGGCUCAGGUGCCUUUCACAAAACACCACACAAGUAAGAAUUUCAGUGUACGCUGCUCAUCUUUGACUACUGCUGCGUGCUCUGUCACCAUGUGGUGUCCAGACGCGGGGAAAUUUACUGAUUCCCGGAGCACGUCAGAUUACACGACUGGCUAUCAUAGGGGACAUCAGAUUAGUCAACUGUAGUCAAAUGUGUCUUGAAUACAUUCCUUUGAAGUUAAAAGUUAAUCAAUUAACCCCAAUUAUGCACUCAAUCUUUCAGGAUAAUCAGUUUAUUAAUUGAGGUUAAUUCAUUAUUUCAAUUCUUGUUUGAUUUGAUUGUUAAUCCAUCAAGUAUGCCUCUUACAGAGGAUGAAAAUAAAUAAUUGAACUGUUGCUAAUCACUUAUCCCUGGAGUGUCCAACUCUGAUCCUGGAAGGCUGUGGCGGCUGCAGGUUUUCCUUUCUGCCACAUUUUGUUUUCUUUAUCUGUGACCAAUUUCUGCUGUCAGUUGACUUUUUUCUCUUCAUUUAAAUAGCCUUCUUUUUUAAAGACUCACUCCUCUGAAUUUUUUCCUUAAAUGGCAGCCAAAUCAAAUGGGAUGUGAUCCAACAGAUGACAUGCUAAUUUGGGGUCUCAAACUCCAAUGCUGAUUGUUAUUACUAUUUAAUUAUUUAAUUCAAUGGCUUGUUGGUGCUGUCAUUCUUCCACAGCAGACACGUUCAAAACUAUUGAUUUUCUUUUUUCUAAAUGUUUUGUGGACCCGAGCAGAUCAGCAUUCAGCAUGACACCUUCACCUUUUAUUUUGAGAUAUUGUAUAAUGAACACUGGUUAGCUGGUCAUGCACUGGUCGCUUUUGCAUCUCAUUAUUGUUUGGUUGCUAAUUAAGUAAAAAAGAAACAAGGAGUCUGGAGUCUUAAAUGGCAAGUCAUUUAAAAUGAAAACGCAAAGUUAAUUAGCAAAAGUGGGCAGUAAUUAAGUAAAGGUUUAAAACAGGGGUCCUCAAUCAUGGUUCUAGAGGGCCGCAGUGACUGCAGGUUUUUGCUCCAACCCAAUUGCUUAAUAAAAAGCACUUAUUGCUCAAGUAACACUUCUGCUUCAUUUUAGUUGUCUCUUUCGUUAAGAUAUUGAACCUUUAUUGCUGUAUUCUUGUUUUUUAAUUGUUCCUAAUUAGUAAUAACAGGCAAAUGACAGAAGAGACCAGCAGUUCUCCAUUUACCUUGUUUCCAUUUACACUUGUGCGUAUUUAUCAUGCACAAUUGGGUUUAAUUAAAUACUUGGAAGGAAAGUGAAGAGAAAAAAGUGAAGGACUGAGAAGUACUCAUCCAUUUUAGCCUUCAAAUCAUUUGGAUGAUAUCCUCAGAAAUGGGAAGAAAAUCUCGGAUAUGAGAAUUACCUGAUACAGCAGAGUUAAAGCACUAACAAUCCAUGAAAUUAAAUUAUUGGCAAGAAAUGCUUUCUAAUUAAACAACCAGAUUAGAACAAAAACCUGCACCCAUUGCGGCCCUCCAGGACUGUGAUUGAGGACCCCUGGUUUAAAAUAGAGAUCUGCAGUCACGGAGAUACUCCAGGAUUGGAGCUGGACACCCCUGACUUAUGGGAUACCUGGCGAAUCGUUAGUGAUGACCCACAACAUUUAAAAGGCCUCCAUCCACAUUAUCACUUACUGGUUGAGUUGGCAUCUGGAACUAUUGGAGUCAAAAAUGAAUAUAUGAGGUAAUUAGUAAGCUCACCCAAUAACUAAAUAGAUUGAUUAAUUAAUUAGGAUUAGCAAGUUUCAUUGAGUGAUUAAUUCCUGAAGUUAAUGAGCAUUUUUAUUGACUAAUUGUUUUACCUCCUUAGAGGAGAUAUAAAACUAUGAAUAGUGGCGCUGGUGAUUUAUGGGAUACUCUGAGGACUAAGGUGGCAUCACAUUACGUAACUUCCAGUCGGUUAGGAUGCCAAACUUGACGCCUCCACACCUAACUAAUCAUAGGGGCUGUCCAAUUUGAGGGCUCCAUGAUGACUUUCCAGCAUAUUUCCAAAGUAGCGCCAACUAAUCCCUUUUAGUGACAACCAAUAAUGUGCUGCCUCAGAGGUGGCCUUGGGGGUGUGCGGGGCCUCGGGCUGACCAAUCCCACGAUCCCACGUGGGGCCGGUUACGUCAAAUGCUGUUACCGGUAUGUGUGGACUGUAUAAACUUGUGCACAAAUUUAAUAAAAAUACUGUUAACAUACACCGGAUUUUCUGAUUAAAGUAUUCAGUUAAUUUUUGCAAGAUAAAACUAAGACUUUAUCAAAAUAUAACAAUAUAAUGUAUUAAAAAAGUGCAAUUCAUAAUUCAUGACAAUACCACAACAGUGCAAAAUGUGAUGCGGUGUCAUGCGGAAAUUAGCAGGGCCUCUUCUAGAAUAUCACCCAAAUUGCAAGUAUACUCUCAGUCUCGAUAUGCUGGAUGUCAUAGUCAUAACUGACAUUGAUGUCAUGUCAGCCAGUUAUCAUUACAUGUUUUCAUGCAUUAAUAUUUGGACAUGUCUAUGGCCUACAAAUAAAAUGUGAGUUUCAGUGUUUCGAUGGGAAGUGUUAAAUUAACAUAGAGGUAUCAUCAUGAGAUCUCUUACCGGUUUCCAGGUUCAGAGACGAAAAUCCACUUUUCUUGCCUUCGUUGAUGACAUCUUUGUAGUCUAAUCUGGAUGCAAUGUCUUUUUCUAUAGAUAGGAUCGCCAGACCACAAAACAUGUCUUGAGACAUGGAUGAUCUAUACUGGAGAAUCCAUCCAUCCAUCCAUUAUCCAACCCACUAUAUCCUAACUACAGGGUCACGGGGGUCUGCUGGAGCCAAUCCCAGCCAACACAGGGCGCAAGGCAGGAAACAAACCCCGGGUAGGGUGCCAGCCCACCACAGGGCGCACACACACACACACACAAUUUAGGAUCGCCAAUCCACCUAAGCUGCAUGUCUUUGGACUGUGGGAGGAAACCAGAAUACCCGGACGAAACUCACGCAGACACAGGGAGAACAUGCAAACUUCAUGUAGGGAGGACCCGGGAAGCGAACCCGGGUCUCCUAACUGCGAGGCAGCAGCGCUACCCACUGCGCCACCGUGUCGCCCUUAUACUGGAGAAUAUAACUUGACAAAUCUGCUCGAACGGGACAUGCAGACCUCAAAAGCGGGGCCCUCUUAGGCGCAGGGCCUGGGGCGGUCACCCCACUUGUCACCCCCAAACGCCGCUCUUGUGCUGCCUGAUAGAGCAGGUGACCACACAAAAACUUUACAGGUAUGGCGAGUUCAGUUGCAAUCUCAGUCCUUUCAUUUUCUUUCCUCCAUAAUGUGCAACAUCAGACAGAAGAGCCGCUCUUCUAUUUGCAAGGACCAAAUCACUUGUGUGUCUUCCUCCUGCUCGUUUUAUGCAUUGUACUUGUGGUCGAGUGCUCAUUGGUUGUCAGCUUUGAUGCACACAGAGCCUCUCCCAAUGAGUAAAGACAAAAUGUCAGGGAGAGUCACACACUGAUUGAGUAUGUCCGACUACACAACAGCCAGUCACACUGGCUUGCUAAGAUUAUGUCAAUGAAAUUUGUCACUAAAAAUCGGGGAAGUCAUGGAAUGUGACGGGGCCAUUAGGGGUGCCUCAGUUUUGGGUAGUAUCCCCUUUUCAAGCCCCCAUCAACAUGAAUGCAGUCAAGGCAGAGAGAAAUAAAAAAUGAAUAAAUAGUCAAAUGAGUCCACUGAGGUUAGUGAUAAAUCAACCCCAAGAAAUCAGUUCACUAAUUGACUGAGUAGUUCAUUAAUUAACCAAUUGCGCUCACUGAUUGAUUAGUAUUAAUGAAUCAUUUCCAUUUUCAAUUAACUAAUCCAGCAUUCACUAAAGGGGGAAUGGGCCACCCCAAGAUACCUUACAUUAGUUUAAUCUCAGGGAAAAUGAAUCUCACAUGAAUGCCUUAUAAAUGUAUUUUGUAUUUAUUUUACUUGUACAAGAAUGGGGAACAAACUGAAGAAGCUUUGUUUUAUUGUAAAGAUCUAAUAUAUUCAAAAUGGACUGAAUGUAUUUUUGUAAGAUCUGAAUUUAUAUUUUUCAUGUGCUGUACAGUUUAAUACACUCAACUUGAAGACUUGA